UCUCUUCCUCCUCCUCCCCUUUCUGGCCCGCCCUGCCGCCGGACCCCGCCUGUCCCUAUAUAAGGAGGGCGAGGAGGAGGCCGAGGCAAGGGGCGCCGGCCGCAGCUGGGAGAGCGAGAGGCAGCUGGCAGGCGAGGCUGGGCAUUGAGGCACCAUGGCAGACCAGUCUUUUGUGACGUUAGCCACAAAUGAUUCCUAUGUAAAAGGAGCACUUGUACUGGGAUCGUCACUACGAAACUACAGAACAACAAGGAGGUUGACGGUGCUGAUCACUCCACAUGUUUCAGACCCAAUGAGGAAAGUACUGGAAAAAGUCUUUGAUGAAGUAAAACUUGUGGAUGUCUUGGACAGUGGAGAUGUAGCCCAUCUUGCAUUAUUGAAAAGGCCUGAGCUUGGUGUUACGCUGACAAAACUCCAUUGCUGGGGACUAACAGAGUAUUCAAAGUGUGUGUUCAUGGAUGCAGACACAAUGGUUUUGUCAAAUAUAGAUGAGCUUUUUGAAAGAGAAGAGCUUUCUGCAGCACCUGAUCCAGGCUGGCCUGACUGUUUCAAUUCGGGAGUUUUUGUAUAUCGGCCUUCUAUUGAAACAUUCAAUCAACUGUUACAGCUUGCCACAGAGAAAGGCAGCUUUGAUGGUGGGGACCAGGGCUUAUUAAACACUUUCUUCAGCAAUUGGGCAACAGCAGACAUUAGCAAGCAUCUGCCAUUUAUUUAUAAUCUAAGCAGUAUUUCAAUCUACUCCUAUCUUCCAGCAUUUAAAGCGCAGACCUCUCCUUCUUCUGACAGGUUUGGAACAAAUGCUAAAGUGGUACACUUCUUGGGGAGACUGAAGCCAUGGAACUACACAUAUGACUCCAAAGCCAAAAGUGUCAAAGAUGCUCAAGAUCCCACAGUAGUACAUCCAGAGUUCCUCAAUAUGUGGUGGGAUAGUUUCGUCACAAAUGUUUUGCCGUUGUUACAGCAGCAUGGCGCCAUUAAAGAUACAGCUACUGGUGUAAAAGCGCUAUCGGGCUUGGUCUAUACUCUGGCUUUCUCUUGUGGCUUCUGUAGAGAGGAAGAGGCAGCAGAGGCAGUAUCCAACCUGUCACUUUCAUCUACAGCACUGCCACACUCACCACCGUCGCCACCCCCUAUGUCCUCAGAAGAACGCAAAGAAAGAUGGGAGCAGGGCCAGGCUGACUACAUGGGAGCAGACAGCUUCGACAACAUCAAGAAAAAACUUGAUGCCUACCUCCAGUAGAAGCACUUGUAUCUGCUCUACAGAAGUCAGCAAUACAAGGACUUUUCAGAGCUAAAGCAACUAGGAAAGUCAGAUAGGGUCAAUUAGACUUGCUAGCAGCUUUGCCACUGCUCAGCUGAAGGCGGUUGGCAGUACUGACAAUAAGAACUGAACAAAACCUGUUUUAAGUAUGAAUCCUUGUGCCAAUCUUGUGUCCAACAGCCAGAUCUUUUCCUCUUGUACAAAACCUAAUGAACAUGCCUGUAGAGAACUCAAUGGGAACAGGGACUAUCCUUUAUCUCUUUCCUUCACUCCAAACCAAGUUUGGCUUAGUGUUAAAAUAAUGGCUAGAGAUUAAGGCAGCUAUAGUGAAAGGGCCUUAUAGGAAGGACGUGAAAGCAUGGCAAUAUCACACAGAUAUAUAGCCUUUCUGUCAAUUCCAGCCAUAUUUAAAAUUCUGACCAGACUUCUAUGCACAGUACCCACAGCAUGGCAAAUACUUUUCAUUUAGUUAUGUGUAUUUCUGGGACUAGUUAAAAACAACUGAACAUUUUGAACUGUUACCUGUAUCACAGCACUCAAAAUACAAAAUAAAGAAAUCAUGGUAAAACCUAAAUAAAUAGAAUAUGGCACAUAGUUUUGUCAAACAGUACUAUGACCUGACCUAAACCUGCUACCUCACAUUAGUUGGCUGCAUCAUCAACAUGGUUUCAUAGGCUGAUAGGAAUGUUAUUUUCUACAGUGUUCUUUGGGUGUUUACAUUUUAUUAAAACUUGUGCUAUGUUCUACUGAAAUGGUUGAUGUGACACAUCGUGCUGUAUUGAGUAUGUGUGGUAACUAGGUUUUAUUUCUUCCAUAGCUUAUAAAAAUACUGCUAACUUGCUGAGUUAAAUAUACAAUACAAUAAAGAUGCACCAGAAUUUCUGAA